UCAGCCUCCCUGCCCGGAGUGCAGUGACUCUACAGCCGUCUGACCCGCCUCUGUCCUCAGACUCUGCUCUCUCUCACCACUCGGCUGAUGACUGUUGGUCGCUGCGCAAGCGUUUAGAUAAAACGGAUGCUGGACAAUCAGGUUUUGAUGAUCGCAGCUCAGGAUCCGUCACCGUGAUGUGGUGGCACUGAGGCUGAAUCUGGACACGGCAGAGCAGAGAAGGGACGGGCUCCCCUCCCUCCUUCCCUCCCUCCCUCCCAGGGACACAACUCCCAGUCUGCUUUGUCGAGCGGCCACUGACAGACAGGGGUACACUUUUUGGAGCAGCAUAUAAUCUUCUCCAGAUAAAGAAUCCACAUUGCUCCACUUCACUCCAGUGACAUUGAGCAUUUCUUCCAACCUCUUCUUCUGGAUUGCACUCAACGCUCUGCUAAACGAUCCACGAUCUUCCUAUCUAACCUGACCCACACAAGUACAUUUACCAUGGCAGCCGCCAAGCCAAAAGGGCAGAACUCACUGGCCCUACAUAAGGUGAUCAUGGUUGGCAGUGGAGGUGUGGGCAAGUCAGCUCUCACCUUGCAGUUUAUGUAUGAUGAGUUUGUGGAGGACUAUGAACCCACAAAGGCAGACAGCUACAGGAAGAAGGUGGUCCUGGAUGGAGAGGAGGUUCAGAUCGACAUUCUGGAUACAGCAGGUCAGGAGGACUAUGCAGCCAUUCGGGACAACUACUUCCGCAGUGGAGAGGGGUUCCUCUGUGUCUUCUCCAUCACAGAGCUGGAGUCAUUUGCUGCAACUGCUGACUUCAGAGAGCAGAUCCUGCGGGUGAAGGAGGAUGAGAACGUACCCUUCCUUCUGGUGGGGAACAAAUCAGACCUGGAGGACAGGAGGCAGGUGAGCGCAGAUGAGGCCAAGGCCCGAGCCGAGCAGUGGGGUGUGUGCUAUGUGGAAACAUCUGCCAAGACCCGCGCCAACGUAGACAAGGUCUUCUUUGACCUUAUGAGAGAAAUUCGUGCCAGGAAAAUGGAGGACAGCAAGGAAAAGAACGGGAAAAAGAAGAGGAAAAGUUUGGCCAAGAGAAUUCGAGAGAGAUGUUGCAUUUUAUAGUAAAUGGCAUGUUAGCAAUCAUUACCAUGCUCUUCCCCUACGUUUUAAAUAUGUUUGUAUCUGUAUGUCCCAUAUUUCACCCCAUUGCCAACUAAUCCUGGUCUGUGGGGUUUGCAGCAUUGUCGUGGUGUUUGUGCGUCAGAGCUGGAGUUGGUUUGAUAGAGAUGUAGAAAGGUCUGAUUCACUUCAGAUGUAUCUCGGUGAAGAUCCUAGGGAACUCUUUCCCACUUUUAAAAAUGUGUUCUUCACCCAAUUGUGUACCGGGAGUCCACAAAAACGUGCGGAAUGUCUGGUGGCAUCUGCCACAUGUUGGCGACCCAUCAAGUUUGGAACUGUUUUCUCUAUCCAACCAAUGAUUUUCACAGUCCCAGCACAAGCCCCAGGAUCCUGUUGCUCUUUUAAAUCACAAACUGGAGCCCUGGAGUCUCGUAUUCAGGUCUCCUUGGUCCACUGUCCGGCUGGGCUGUGUGCAGAUAGCCUGCCAGACUGACCUCGAACUGCCUUAGUUAGAAUAAAAUAAGGUGACUCACUAAUAGACUUCUUGUGGUUAACACACAAGGUCAGACACUGAAUACAGAUCAUCUGGGGACUGCUGAGUGUCCUUGUUUCAAAAAUUCAGUUGCGUAAAUAUGUUGUUAGAGUUAAGAUGGUGUGCACUUAUCGGUUGUCAGUUGUGAUCCAGUAAUGAGUAAACGUUGCCAUGCAAAUGAAAAGCACAUCUUUGACCUUUGGUUAAUCACUGUUAACCCUGAUAUUUAAUAACUAUCAAACACUAAAGUAUUUCCUUGUUGCCUGUGUGUUUAUUUAACAGUUUUUUCCCCCAUAAUUCACUUUGACUAACCUUUUUUUUCUGCCAGGGUUUUAAGAAAUGUGAAUUGAAAACAGGAAGUGAAGUUGGUUGAAAGCAUUUUGGGUCCAUUUGACUUCCUGAUGCCUUCAUGUCCAUUGUGAAUGUGAAGUGGACUAACCUGACAGUCCGAGUUCUGUGUUGACCCUCUUGACGAUUUGUCAAAUUGGAAUGGCAGAUUGCCCUGAGCGGCGUCUUUUUAAAUUGUUACCACUGUCUCUACAGGGCCUUAUUAUAGUUUUGAAAAAGACCGUUUUGCAGUUUCUUCUCUGCCUUCAUAUCAGAGAUACGAUUUACAAAGAAGUCACAACAACUUUAUUUGUAUUUCCCUGUAAAAUACCACUGCAGUGUUUAGUUUUCUUUUUGUGUGUGGUUGUAAAUGUGAAGUUGUGACUUCUUGUAUGCUGUUUUCUGUAUGCAUUUUAUAGACAAAUACACAUCUAAACUCAAACCUUGUGAUUAGGAUAAGACUUUCAGUGACAUGGCCAGUUGUUUACUUUUUUUGUUUUUAGAUGAUUUUGUCUAUUUUAUUGCUGACUGAGAAUUACAGUGGUUUUAUUUUAGCUGUCACAAAUUGUAUAAUAUUAAUUUCAGUGUACCAUUGGAUCUGUUAUGUAUACUAAAGACUUCUUUCUUCUUUUUUUGUAACCAUACCUCGUUUGUAUUGCUUUUUAGCACAAGGAACUUACGCCAGUCGCCUAGUUUACCAAAACCAUGAGAAUCAAAUGUAAUGGAUGCAAAAGCUUGCUGUCGCUUUCAGAACACUGCUACAGACAUAGAGAAUCUUAACCCUGUGCUCCUCACUAAAUCGAGCUGCAACACUAACUAAACGAAAUAUGCUCUCUGCUUUUCUGUCAGAUGUUGUUUAUAAAAUGAAUAAUUCAAAAAUGGCUUGGUGUGGAACUAAAAAUCUUAAAAACUAAAUUUUAAAGGUUUAAACUAGUACCUUUUGUGAAGUGACCCCUGAAGCACUACAGUCAAACUGAUGCAUAACAAUCCAGUUUUAUAUAUAGUGAUAUAUGGCUGUUGGCAAUUGAUCACCAGAGAUAUUUAACACUAAUAGCCACCUUGGAGCCAUUUAUGGCAAACCAAAGUUCAGUAGGGCAUAAAAUAUUGAACUGUGUCUCUUUGCUUAAGCUUAAUAUGUAUGAAGGGUAGCUUGGGAUAGCCUUGGUGGGCUUUCGUAGCAGAAUUGCUAAGCUGUGUUUCGCCUGCUUACUUACCAAUCCUGUCAUGGUGCUAUUUUUGCUUAUUUACAAUGGCUUAAACUUUGCUGUUCACGUGUGCGUAUGUGUGGUGUGUGUGUGUGUGUGCGCGCAAAUGCACACAUGGGGUUUGUUUAAAACUCGUGGUCUGAAUAGUGUACGUGUCCAUGAAAAGAUGAUUACGAUGUUAUAUAUAAUACAGCUAAUCUGAAUUUGUCUGUAGUGGUCCGAGACAUCUUUUUAUCUUUUCUUUGUGUUUGUUAUGUAACAGAGUGAACUGCCUUACGUUAGGAUGGCAGCGAAUGGCAGGAACUGCCAUUCCCAGUUGUAGCAGCAGUGUUGCAUUGGCAAAACCACUACACUCCCUGAAGUCAGAUGCUUGCGUGUUUAAACACGAUGCUCUGCAUUUUUAAAUAAUUGCAUUUGCAUUCAAUUUCAUUCUUCCUUUUUCCAUACCUUAUCUCUCCUUGCUGCAGAUGUUUAAGUUGUAAAGAUAGCUUAUCCCUCUCAAUCAUGGCUUUACCCAGCCAGUCUCUUUAUUUUAAAGAAAAUAAAAACAGCUUUUAUUUUCUGUCUCAUUAAAUCAGUAAGAUGUAAACGGAGUCAUUCAGAAUGAUGUGAUAUGAAAUGCUCCAUUAUAGAGAAACUUCGCAUCAGAAUUGUUCCCAGUGGUGGUGAUGGGAACCAGACAUCUGAAGAGUUUAAUGCCUUUAAAAAGCUACCUCACACAAUGUUAUUACAUGAAAUCGUAACAAAUACAUUGCAUAAUGUCUGAGACAUUGUUUUCCAAUAGUUUUAUGAUUUCAUUUUGGCCUAAUAUUUUAUAUGUUUUUAUUCUUUAUGUAUUCAUGGUGGAAAGGUACACGCAGGGCGCUGUGGGGUAAAAUAGUCUUUUUUUUUUUUUUUUAAAUCUCUGUUUCACCAGGUUAGAUAGUAAAUGCCUGUUUGCGAUGGUGCCAUGGUGACCCCUGGUUCCUGUCACCACCACUGUAAUGUGAGAGAGGAAAGGUUGUGUAAGUUUCUCUACAAUUAACCAUUUCACAUCAAACCACUGUGUGACUUCUUUAUUUACACCUCAAUGACUUAAUUGUGCAGAAUUUCUGAAAAUAUUGUGGAUUUUUUAAAAGGCUUAUUGUUUUGAAUCCAGGAUACAGAUAAAUUAGACAUUGGCUGUUAUAUUAACCAGACCCCUGUGUACUUAAAAUGUAUAACAUGUGAUGUGUGAGCCACUGGAAAAGAAAAUUAAAUUGAUGACCAUUUUCUACAAAAGCA